AUGCCUCGCCUUUCCAUCCCUAUAACGCAAGAUGAAUGUUUGUACGACAGUCGUUGGACAAAAGAGGCCGACAAUCUUUUCGUUGAUUUGCUAAUAAAGUCGCAUAUUCUUGGGAAGUGGAAUAAUUGUCGUCCCUGGCGUGCAGUCUUCGAUUAUUGCUGCUCUAUUUUCAUUGGUGAGCUCGAGCUUCUUUAUAGUCACGAUGAAUUUGAUGAGAGAUUCGACUUUCUUCAAAAGCGGUACCAAGUUUUUAGCUGGAUGCUCGGAAAGCCCGAUUUGCGUCACUGCGUUCAAUCGAAUAUCCUGACUGCUCCGGUUGCCGUUUGGGACGAUGUCUUCGAGUCCGACGCAUUUAGCGUUGCUUAUCAACAUUCCGAUGACCCACAGUGGGCGGACUUGCGUUUCAUGUUCGAGGAGGUGUUCUCUACAAAUCCAAGAUCUGAAGUUGUUCAUGACCGCAACUCUACAAACGAAGGUUUCUCUGCUCUUCCUGCUGCACGAACAAAUGUGGUUUCGGUCCUUCCGGACAAUUCGUAUCACAAUGCGUUGCAAACGCUUUGUAGUCGCAACAACGCUUCAACUCAACACGGUGGGAUGCACGACGCCUCUUCUGAAAGCUCCGUGAACACGCAUGCCUAUGUCUUAAUAAAUAGGGCGGGGAGUCGAACCCCAUUACGCAUCCCACGUCCACCGCGCAAGCAUAAGCCUGACCCGGCUUCAUGCAAGGGUUCGACUAGCGAUCCUCAC